AUGGAAUACUUCAAGAAUAUACUGGUGAAGAUGUUAUUCCUGAAUUCGGAUUCGUUCAAGUAUGCCACUGAUUGUGAGCGUGAAUCUGAUUAUUCAGUUGAAGGCCUAGUGCAAAGCAUCGAAGCACUUCCAUGUUGUAAUGCUGGUAUCGAUGAAGAGUCAUCCAGUGAUUUUGAUGACAAAUAUGACAACACCAAUAAUAAAUCUAAUCUCAGCCCUAAAAUUGAUGAGACUUCGAUAGAACUACCACCAGUUCGAGAGCUAUACAAUGAAGGGCAGUUAUCACCAACUGAUCGUGAUAUGAUAAGACCGUUGCUGAUCGAUGACGCUCAACAGAAACUACAGCAAUCACUCAUACGUAGUCUUCGCGAUGAAUCUAGUGCUGAACAACUCGAAGCGAUUGUUGGAACUGCACAGUUAGUGGAGCGUUUUGGUUGUGUAUUUAUCAGUUAA